CUCCAUAUAUAUCUCCCCAGUCGACCGACUAGAUCGAUCUACUCCUAUCCCCGCAAGACGGUCGCCGCCGGCCUUUCCCCGCGAGCCGCCGCCGAAAGAAAAACGCCACCUCCGUCCGCCGUCUCUGCUCGCUCGCUCGCAGAUGGCGUCUGGAUUCACUUCUUCCGGCGGCUCUAGCUCCCGGAGGGGGCUCAUCUCGUGCCUGCACAGCCUCAACUACCGCGACGAGGACGCGCCUCUUCCCCACGACGACGAUUUGCAAGAAGCCACACGCGAGCUCAUCCUCAGUUUCUACGACGACACGUUCCGCCGGCUCCGGCUGCCCUGCAAGGCCAUGCCCCAUCUUUACGGCAUCCUCAGCACCGCCGGCCUUUGCCUCGGCCUCCUCGACCCUGUCUCCAAUAUCAUCCUCAACACCCUCGCCCUCCUAAACCCCAAAACCAAGCCCCUCGGCGACGACGUCGCCGCCAAGACGGGAUCCAAGAAGAGACACAGACCCGGUUUCGACCCCUGGCACGAGGUUGCAACCAGGUCCUGCCACAGUCUCAUGGCUUUCCUUGUGGCCUACUUCGGAUGCAUCAACGAGGAACAGGCCUUCCGCUACCUCUAUAGGGCCAAGGCCAAUCUCCUCCUCGCCGUCAUGCUCGUCCAGCACGAUCUCUACCUUGUGGAGCCGGAGACACUGGACCCUGAAUCCAAGAGGACGCAGGCCGCCCUCAAGUGGGCGGCCACCUCAGCAGGUCACCAUUCGCCAAGCACCUUGGCUCAGGUCAUGGCAAUUCGGCUAAAAAAAGGCGACCUUGACCUCUUCAACAAGAAGUUGUUUUCAGCUAAUGGCCCCCUCACGACCGAGGAUGUCCGAGAAAUCCACCGUGUGUUGCACAUGAUGAUGACCCCCAUGUGUGUUGCCAACAUUAGCAACACCAAUGAUGGGCUGGUUGUCCAUGUCCGUCAGAACCUCGACAACGGCGACAGCGCUAUAUGGUCCGAGACAGAGCCCCUUGUCGUCUCUAGUGCAGCUGCUGACGCCAGGAUCAGCUCCACCGCCUUCCGCUGGGACGGGACCGCCAUCUCGUCUCUGCAGACCGGACUGCCUAGCAAGCUGCUAGAUUGCCUCAAGAUAGCAGAUGGCCUAAAACACAUUCUCAGGACCCCGUGCGCUGGUGGUGACGCCUGCGAUUACCUGCAGUCUCUCAAGAUGUACCUCCAUGGCAUAAUUCACAACAUGUACGUCGAGGCCUUCAAGUUGCUGUCCGCACCUCCGGGCUCACUCAUGCGCAACAUCCUCAUGGCAGGCCACUGCUAUGGGCCCUGUGACCCUCUCUCCAACAUCAUCCUUAACUCAAUCUGGCAUGACACAUGUGGCUCCGUUCUCUCAGCUUCUGAGCGCAUGAUGUUGAAUGAGUACAAUGACGUCCUGGACCCCCUAUCUCUGCUCCGCCUAGUUGUCCGUUCCCUUGAGGGGCUUGCAAAGCUUGCCUUGUUCGCCGACCCCCGGUCCUCAAUUGCUUGUGCUAUGGAGAAACUCUGCAGUUCAAAAUGUGUCGUCCUUCUUGACAUGUCAUCAUCUGCAACAAAGAACCCCUUCCACGAGGCGGCCAUGGCUGCUAGACACCCGACGCCCCUUCAGCUCGGUGAAUUUCACCGGAUGCUGCUGCUCGUGCCCGAUGGCCGAAGCAAGCUGCUCUCACAUAUAACCAAGGCGCAAACUAGUGGUGGUGUGUUGUGCGUCGAUGACAUCAGAGCCCUUAUGUCGGCCUUGUGGUUGGAGUUCAAAAAAACAUCCAGGUUCCAAACUAGUGGCACUUUGCAAGCUUCUGCGCCUGAACUUUGUGUAGAGGCCGCCUUGAGGGUGGUAUCAAGCGCGAGAUCAAAAUAUGAGGAGGAGAGGAGCUGGUUGCGUCGAAAGAUUAAACAUGUGCUCAAGGAUUACACGGACCAACAUUUUUGGGGACCAAAGUACAAACUUGAUUUUAUAUUUGGUGUGGAGGAAAGCGACCAUGGCCGGCAUCCCUUCACUGAUACUCCCUCCGUUCGAAAUUACUUGUCUUGGAAAUAGAUGUAUCUAGAACUAAAAUACAUCUAGAUACAUCCGUUUCUACGACAAGUAAUUCCGAACGAAGGGAGUACGUGCAACCACGUGAACUUCAUGGCAACUUGUGAUGAGAAUGUUCCGAGGACCCUAUUUUACGCCGAGUUGUGGUGCUCACCCUCACGUAAGCCAAGGACAGAAUUCUGCUGCCCUCUACCGUAUGCAUACGCGGGACGUUGCUACUAUGACAUGGAUUGCGCAAGGAAGAUCGUGUAUCCAGAUGAUGCCAAGUACAUCCCUGACGAUAUCACCCAUGAGGGAACCGGCAGUGUGGAUGGCGUGCUAAAGAUGGAUCUCGUGCACUUCAGCUCCGAGUUGGACGUGGAGCUCGCGCGGAAGUAUUCUCAGCAGUAUUAGUGAGUCCAAAAUAAGUGUCUCAACUUUAUAUUAACUUUAAUAUAAAGUCAUACUAAAGUUGAGACACUUAAUUACUUUUAGAAACUAACGCGCGCUUCGCUGCGUCAUUCUUCAGUCGUUGGAUUCACACCUCCCACUUUCGUUGACAUAUCGUUGUUUGGCGUUGUGUUGCGGGGAUUAGAUGUGUUGGGCUUGGUGCUUUUUUAUUUUUCUUUGUAUUUGUACUU